AUGGGGAUUGAAAUAAAAGGUAUCAACUCAAACCAUUGGAUUUAGAAUUUGUUUUAUUAAAUUAUAAUUUUUUUUCCUAUCAACCAUUUGAAACAAGCUUACAAUUAUCUAAAUUUAAUGAAGCAAUUUAUAAAUUUGAAAAAAAUAGGAAAUUCCAGUUCAAGGAGGAAAUUGUUCUUGCUCUCUUUACUUUCCUUCUAGCUUUAUCAAGUCACAAAAAUCUAUUUGUUUCUAAGAAUGGCUACCAUUUAAAUUUAAUAAGAUUUUUAUUAUUCUCAAAAUGAAUCUCAUGAAUUUUAGUGCUCAUUAGAAUCAUCCAUAGAGCUUAAUUAAAAAGAUUAUUGGGGAUAUAUUUAUGGCACACUUAGUGAUGAUGGAAGGCUAUUAAUAGUAUAGGAUUAUGCUUCUAUGCAAAUAUAAAUCAGAACUUAAGCUAUUAAUAAUUGA